AUGAGGGGGUCAAGGUCAGGGAACGGUAGUGACAAGGCAUCCAACAUGUUCGGUCUGCACAUUGAGAGGAUUUUUGUUCUGUGGCAGUCAAUGGCGGAGAAUUUGACCCAAGUCAAGAUCACUAGUUGGGGUCGUUUUGCCAACCCUUGGUCGACGUGGGAGGACACUCGUUUGCGCGCUGGUUUUGUCCUCGGUUUCACCGCCGGGGAUGUUGACUGUUCUCCUUCGCCUUCUGAUCUUCGGCUCGCCUGCCAUUUGCCCAUCUAUCGACCCAAAUUCGAGGCGAAGGGUGAUGGGGUGCGUCUUACCUGGCUUGGACACUCAUCUGUGCUAGUCUACGUCGAUGGUGUUCGUGUGCUCUGCGACCCCGUCUUCUCGGAGCGCUGCUCUGCUUCACAGUACAUUGGUCCGCGCAGAUACCGACCUCCUCCUUGCAAGGUAGAGGACCUACCACCUAUCGAUGCAGUUGUCAUAUCGCACAACCACUACGAUCACCUAGACGUGAACAGUGUUCGUGGCCUUAGUGACCGCUUCCCUCAAGCCCAUUGGUUCGUGCCCAGUGGGUGCCGUGACUUCAUUCUCAGUACUGCCAAUGAAGCCAAUGAGAGUCGUGUGCACGACUUUCUGUGGUGGGAGGAGCGACCAGUCGGAGACACCGGUGUCAAGGCCGUCUUCACACCAACUCAGCAUUGGUCAGCGCGGAACUUUCUGUUUGACAGCUUUGCUCCAGUAAUCGGUAGGAUGUUUGUGCUUCAGACACUCUGGGGAAGCUGGGCUCUGAUCGGACCCAAACAUCGCGUUUGGUUUGGUGGUGAUACGGGUUAUUGUGAUGCGUUCAAAGAAAUCGGUGGGCAUCUUGGUCCGUUUGAUGUGGCUGCUAUUCCGAUCGGAGCUUACGAACCUCGGUGGGUUCUAAAGUCGCAACACGUGAAUCCAUGGGAGGCUGUGGAAAUUCACAAGGAUAUCAGAGCCAAGUACUCCGUCGGUAUCCACUGGGGUACCUUUCCUCUUACUCAGGAAUCCUUCAUGGCACCGAAAACGGCUUUGGAGAAGGCGCUGCAGACUGCAGGUCUACAUCCAUCCGAAUUUCGGACCAUCCAUCAUGGUCAGUCGCUUUGCUUCCAUCGUGACAGCAGUGAAGAUGCUUCUGUCGAGUAA